AUGACUUGGUUAAGUGAAACAAUGAUAGUAGCAUUUUUUGACAGUUGCAUGAUUGAAUUUAUAAUUCCUCCUGUCAUUACUUCAAAACCAGUAAUUGUUCACAAUUCUGUGAAUAAUACAAAUACAGACAUUAAUAAACAUUAUAAAACUCAAACUUCAUUAGCAGAAUCUGCUUACUCAUCAUUGGAAAGCCCUUUGGGGCGAUCCACAAAUAUUGUUACAGAUAAUCAAAAUAAUGUUGAUGAUAGUAUAUCAUUAAUUCAAAGAUGUGUUGUAAUAUAUGCUGAUUGUAAUGGAUAUGGUAUAACAACAUCAAAAACUUAUCCUGUUAUAGUUGAAAAUAUUGAUAAAAACGGACCAUCAUUUAAAGCCGGUGUCAAAAAAGGAGAUAGAAUAUUUAAAGUUAAUGGAAUUCAAAUUACUAGAACAAAUUGUUCUAAAGUUUUAAAUAUGAUUUAUGAAAAUUGUAAUGUAGUUUUAACAUUACUUAGUAAACCUUUUGAUAAUACACAAUUAUUAAAUGAAAAUAAUCAAAGAAAUAUUGAGAAACAAAAGAUUGAAGAAUUAAAGAAAGAAAAGAUAACAACUAUUAAUCAAAUGUUACAGGAUGAAAAAAUAAAUGUUGAGAAAUUAAAAGCAUCUUCACCAAAUAAUAAAACACCAUUAAAAAGAGCAUUAAAACGUAUUGAAGUACUUCAAUCACAAUUGAAAAAGUUAGACAGUAAUUUAGUUGAUGGUCAGAUUGAUGAUUAUGAAACAAUAGCUGACGAUUCAUCAUUUAUUGUAUCUCAAAAUCAUUCAUUGAAACAUAGUCACUUUUAUGAAACACAUAAACCAGUUAUGAGUAAUAUUAAAGGAAAUGAUGGGUAUAGCAUUUCUAAAGAAUCUGAUAAUUUUUCAAUGCCAUCUUCAAUUAAUUUAUCCACUCAUGGACCUUUCUCAAAUUUACCUGAAUUAAAAAGUCGCCCAGCACAUCUUGCUAUUUUUAUUAAUUAUUUGUUACAAUUUGCUGAUCCAAGUUGUUUAUUAUUUUGUCUAAUAACAGAUGUAUAUCAAACAGCUCCUGUUACAUAUAAAGAAUUACGUAAAUGGGCAUAUGAAAUAUUUUCAACAUUUUUAAUACCAAAUGCUCCAUUAUCUAUGCCAUCAAUUGAUCAAAAUAUUAUUCAAAAUAUUGAUAAAAUUUUAGCAAAACCAUAUUCAUGUAAUGAAGAAUAUCUUGAAGAAUUACAUAUUGUUUUUAUACCAAGUAAAAGAAAAGCAUUAGAAAAUGUUAAUUUAGAUUUAAUCACCUUUCGUCACAAACAACAAUUAGGUUUAGGUGAUAUUUUUGAACCAAAAAUUUUAGAACAACUUGGUAAAAAUGGUAAUGGUAUGGAAGAUAGAAUUGCUGAACAAAUGUUAUUAAAAACAUUAGAGUCCCAAUAUAAUUUAAUUAAUGGAGAUUUAGAAAAAGCAAAUUCAAAAAAUGUAGCUAUAAUUUGUUCAUUAGCUACAGUUAUAAAAAAUUAUUUUGGCAUGAAACCUAAUUCAACACAUUUUGAAAAACUUCUUGAAAAAAUUCCAACAUUUGUAACUAAAGAUAAAAGUGGGGGAGUGUUUAAAAUGAAAAAUAUAAAUCAAAAAAGAAUUGUAAACAUUAAGGGGCAUCAAUUUAUAUUACAACCUGUAAAUAUUACAAUAUUUUGUUAUCAAUGUCAAGAAGCAGUCUGGGGAGUUAACCCUCAAGCAUAUUUUUGCCAAAAUUGUGAUGUUGUUAUCCAUAAAAUUUGUUCUCAAAAUUUAGUCGAUCAUUGUUAUCCAGCAACACAACAUAAAAAAAAUCAACAAAUAAAAAAAAAAGUUACAUCAACAUUACUUAGUGGUAAAACAACUACUUCUGAUCUAUCACAAAAUAAUACUAUAAAUACACAAUAUAAUACUUCUGAUUAUAGUAUGCCAAUGAAAAAUGUUAUGUCUCUUCAUGAUAUUAACAAUACAAGAUAUCAACCAAUAAGCACUUCAUCUUCUGGGCCAUCAAACAAUGCAAGCAGUUUGGGUGGUUUUACAACUACUGGUAUGAUUCCACCAAAUGUUAUGGAAAGGACGGCUGCUUAUGUUAAAGCUACUGCCGCAUACUCAAAUGCCACUAUAAAUAAACCGCCGACAGGAUCAAUUGUUAUUGAUGAUACUAUAUAUAAUAAAAGUACUUUUUCAGAUAGUGAUAUUAUAUCAACUGGUUCUACUUGGAUAACAAAUAGUGAUUUAAAAGGAAAAUCUGUUUCUAGGUCCCAAAGUUUACAUUGCAAUAAAUCACUUGAUAUUAAAUCACGGGUGAAUAUUGGAAAAAGUGAUGGGCAACAAAUAUUACCUUGUGUAAACGAAUUGUCGCAGAUGGAUUUAAGAGAAAAUAAUGAUAAUUCUCUUAAUGAAAAAUAUACAAAUGUUUUAUCUAAUGGUGAUGAAACAGACAUUUUUGUUGAUUCAGGUGAUAAUGAUAGUGAUCUUGAUGUUAAUCUUGAAAUACCAACACUUGAAAGUAUUUUAAGUACAGAAACAAUAAGACAUCUUAAACCAAAAGAAAGAAAAAGACAAGAAGUAUUAAAUGAAUUUUUUUAUACAGAAAAAACUCAUCUUAGAAAUUUAAAAGUAUUAUAUAAAGUAUUUUAUUGUCCAUUAUUAACAAAAAAAUGGUGUUCAUCAUAUGAAAUUGAAAUAUUAUUUGGUCAACUUGAAGAAUUACUUGAUAUACAUAGAGAAAUAAUUAAAAAAUUUGAAGCACGUAUGGAUAUUUGGCGUCAAAAACCAGAUUAUAAUGGAUUGUAUGGUGAUAUAAGUGAUUUAGUUCUUUCUAUAUUUCAAGGUUCUGAUGGUGAAAGACUUAAAUAUACAGCAGCAGAAUAUUGUAAAAAUCAACAAUAUGCAUUAAAUUAUUUAAGAAAAAAACAAGGUAAAGGAAAAGAAGAUUUAUUGGCAAAAUUUUUAAUGGUUGCUGAAAAUAAUAGUUUAUGUAGAAAACUACAAUUAAAAGAUAUGUUACCAAUGGAAAUGCAACGUCUUGUAAAAUAUCCACUUUUACUUGAGGGUGUUGCUAAAUAUACACCAGAUCCAUCACCAGAAUAUGAUGGUUUAUUAAAUGCUAUAAAUGCUGCUAAAAAAAUUGUAUCAUAUGUUAAUGCAGCAAAAGAAGCAUCAGAAAAUGAAAGAAAAUUAAUGGAAAUUAAUAGUAGAAUUGAUAUGUCAUAUAAAUCAUCUUCAAAUGAAAUAAUAAAAUCAUUUGAUAUUACAAAACAUAAAUUAAUUCAUGAUGGAAGUUUGCAAUGGAAAAUAACAAAAAAUAAAAUUAUUGAUAUGCAUGUUGUAUUAUUACAUGGUUAUUUAAUAUGUUUAACAAAAAGUUCUGAUGGCAACAAACUUUAUUUAAAAUCUCAUGAAACUUCAAAAGAUGUUAGAUUACAUCCAAUAAUGUUUUUAAAUAACUUAAUGAUACGUGAAAAAGCAAAUGAUAAACGUGCAUUUUUUGCAUUAUAUAAAACAAGUGAUUCACAACAAAUGUUUGAUGUUGUUGCACCAACUGUAUCAGAACUUAAAACAUGGUUUAGAUUUUUAGGUGAACAAAUAGAAAUAAUACAAAAAGAUAAUCUUAGUGAUCCAACAUUAAGAUUAAAUGAUAGUCAUAAUGAAAUUAAAAAUAGAUUAUUAUUAUCUAAUAGUGAUGAUAUAAAUGGUUCAGAUUCAGAUAAAGUUCAUGUUGUUACACAUCCAAGAUUAGUUGAUGCUAAUGAAAUAAUGAUUCAACAACCAACUGUUUUUGAACAUGCUGAACCAAUAUUAACACCAGAAGAGAAACUUAAAAGAAAUGAUAGAAUAAUUGUAGCAGCAUUAUGUGAAAAACAUCAAAUAUUAUGUUCAUUAAUAAGUUCAAUAUCAAAAGAACAAUUAAUACAACUAUCAGAAAAAUUAGCUGGUUUAUCAGUGGUAGAUUUAAAACAAAAAGAUUCAAAAGAACUUGCAUUAUCAGCAAUAGUUCAUGGUAAUCGUUUAUUAGAUUCUAUAAAUAAAGGAAUGUCUGUCCGUCGUAGUAAUGAUAGUGAAUCAACUUAUCAAUUAGAUGACUAUGAAAAACAUCUCCCAUCUGUUCCUUGCUAUAAAUUAACAACAAUUGCAGCUCCGCUUAUGAAUCAUCUAAAAGCACUCCUUCAAACUAUUCAAGAUCAACAAAAUGAAAUAAUUGAACUUAAAAAACAAUUAAAUACAACAAUUGGACAUUUAGUAAUGAAAGGUUUGCCAUUAGAUGAUACUCCACCCGCAGUUCCAAACACAUUACCCCCAGAGGAUUUAUAA